AUGAGACCAUUGAAUACUUUAACACGAUAUUACUGGAUCCUGGAACAUCAAUCCAACUCAGAAGAAGUGUUCAAGCACACAUCAACCAAAUUAACUGGUUUGCUGAUCAGUUCUCCAGACUUGACUGGAUGUGUUAUCAACCAAGGUCACAAAGAUCCAGCAUCCUUUCUCCAGGCCUCACGGGACAUUAUCAUCAACAAGGUGCAAAGUGUCUUGAAAGAUCUGGCAGGGUUGAAAGUCAACGUAGAAUUCUUUUGCACAUUCCGGAAACCGCAAAAAAAUUUGGAAGAGCGAAAGUCUUUUGUCACCAAAAGCCGCGAGAUUCUCCCUGCUAUAUCUCUUCAGGAUUGGUACAGUGACCAUGUCCAUGAUAAACUGCUUCAAAGAAUUCAAGAUUUUGAGCACGAGGGUUCCGGAUGGAGUCUACAUGGCCCGAACAGCUUAAUGGUGACCAUGUCAAGAUUCACACCAACUCAAGUUGGAAAAUCCACCUUCGUCACAUUGCCGAAGGAUAUCCAUAAGAAAAAUGCAGUGGUGAACAUUCAAAAUAAGGAUGAGUUCUGCUUCCUGUGGUGUGUCAAUGCUGCGUUACAUCCACCUGUUCUCAACCCAGAGCUACCUGAAAAAUAUCAACACUUCAGCAACAGAUUGAACUAUAAAGGUAUAGAGUUUCCAAUUAAACUUAAUUACAUCCCGAAAUUUGAAAAAAUGAAUAAUCUCAGCAUUAACGUAUACGGUAUAGAGUCGGAAUUUACGAGUAAAAAGUCUGAGAAAAGUUUUAUCAUUCCAUUAUAUUUAAGUAACUCUGAAUCAAAAAUACCAGCAAUUCAUUUAAUGAUGAUUAAAAAAAGUGUAAAUUAUACAGAUAAUUUAGGUCAUAUUGAGUCAGUCUAUUACUUUGCAUGGAUACAUAAUCUUUCCGGAUUAAUUACUAAACAAAUAACUAAAGAUAAACAUAAAUUGUACAUUUGCGACCGUUGCUUGAAUCAUUUUAAGCAACAAAAAAGUUAUCAAGAACAUAUAUCUGAUUGUUUCAAAUCUAACAAAGUCCGCAUGAACUUUCCGACCGAAAAAAACCGAGUUUUGAAAUUCAAAGAUUUUAAAUCUAAAGAUCCUGUACCCUUUGUAGUCUAUGCAGAUCUUGAAUGCACACUCGAACCCCAGGGAGAUGACCCCAAAAAAGUUCACAAGCAUGUUCCACACAGUAUCGCUUAUUACAUCCACUGUAGCUAUGACAAUACAUUGUCUAAAUUUGAAUUGAACCGUUCUCCAGAUUGCAUCAACUGGUUUGUUAAACAAUUAGAAUCAUUCGCUCUCGACUUUGAAAAAAUUCUAAAGAAUCCCAUCAAAAUGAACCCUUUAACCAAAGAACAACAGGAUAGGCAUAGUCAGGCAACUGUGUGUCAUAUCUGUCAAAAACCUAUAACAUCUCCUAAUGAUAAAGUUUAUGAUCAUUGUCACUUCACCGGGAACUAUAGAAACGCUGCUCAUAAAUCAUGUAACGUUAAUUAUCAGAAAUCUACCAUUAUCCCCAUUGUCUUUCAUAAUUUAUCCAGUUACGACUCACACUUCAUUAUUAAAUCUCUAGCUACAGUAUUUGAAGGUGGAGUUACAUUAUUACCGAUUAAUAAAGAGCGCUAUUUAUCUUUUACUAAAUCUGUUAAAAAUACUUCGGUAUCAUUACGGUUUAUUGAUUCAUUUAGAUUCAUGGCUUCCAGUUUAGAGAAAUUAGCUUCAUACCUUGAUGAUAAUGACAAGAAAAUCACACAAUUACACUACCCAGACCCUGAUAAAUUCAAAUUAGCAACAUGUAAGGGUGUAUUCCUAUAUGAGUACAUUGAUAAUAUUGAUAGACGAUGA